ACCUCCAUUCUCUCCUUAAACAUUUCCCAUAAAGAUUUGUUUUCUUUAUUUUAUUCCUUUAUUUGUUUUGUGUCAAUUUUCUUUCUAUUGUUUAUUCUUUAUUUUUGCAUUGCUUGCCCUGUAAUUCUAUUCUAUUCAAAUAUAAUCAAUCACCUUGUAAAAUUUUCCAAGAUUUGGAAAGAAAUCUGGUCGGAUCUUGCUUUGUGGGUUGUGUGGAUUUUUCUUGGGUCUCAUUUCAAUACAAAAAAAGAAAAAAGCCUUUCUUUCUCCUCCUAAUUCCCACCUUCUUCUUCUGUUUCCUUUUCUUUUUCCUCGUAGGAACAGAGAAACUAAUCCACCAAGACAAAUACCUUACUUAUAUUCAUUUCUUGGCCUUCUCCUUUCUCUUCUUCUUUUUGAGUGGGUAUUUGGAUCUUGAAAUUAGCUGCAAUGUCUGUAGCAACAGAGUCAAAGUUUCAUGUUUUAGCUGUUGAUGACAGCUUAAUAGACAGAAAACUUAUUGAGAAGCUCCUUAAGAUCUCAUCAUAUCAAGUUACCACUGUUGAUUCUGGCAGCAAGGCACUACAAUUUCUGGGUUUACACGAAGAUGACCGAAGCAGCCCAGAAAUACCCUCUGUUUCUCCAAACAGUCAUCAGGAAGUGGAGGUGAAUCUUAUUAUUACAGAUUACUGUAUGCCUGGCAUGACAGGCUAUGAUUUGCUUAAGAAAAUAAAGGAAUCAUCAUCUCUGAAAAACAUACCAGUAGUGAUAAUGUCAUCUGAGAAUGUUCCUGCAAGGAUCACCAGAUGUUUAGAGGAAGGAGCAGAAGAAUUUUUCUUGAAGCCGGUACAACUAUCAGAUUUAAAUAGGCUUAGACCUCAUAUGAUGAAAACAAAAUCAAAGAAUGACAAACAAGAAAAACAGGAAAAUCAACAAGUUUUAGAAGAAUCAGAGGUCCAAUCACAACUGCAAUCAUCACAAACACAACACUUACUCUCACCACCACCACCACCACAACAACCAUUAAACAACAAUAACAAAAGGAAGUCUAUGGAAGAAGGGCUUUCACCAGAAAGAACAAGACCCAGAUACAAUGAUAUUACCACUGUUGUAUGAUGAUUAAUCAUGGAAUUAAAUUCACUGUUAUUCCUUUUCUUUUCAUUUUUUCUUCUCCUUUUUAACAAUGUAAUCCAGACAAUUUUAACUUUUCCUUCUUUUCCACUUGUAGAAUUUAGUGGUGGUUAAUACAAGGCUCUAUAGAAAUAUAGAUCAUGUAUACAUUUUACAUGAAUCUAUUUCACUCCAA